CUCUCUUUGCUCUGUCACCAUUCGCUCUUCUUCUCAGCCUUGCUAGCUAGCUUCGUCAUCAUCAUUGACACCAUACUGUGUGUGUGGUAGAAUGGCCUCGAGCUCGACUUGGACGGCGAAGCAGAACAAGAGAUUUGAGAAUGCUCUGGCCUUGUACGACGAGGAGACGCCGGACCGGUGGCAGAAGAUGGCGAGAGCUGUGGGAGGGAAGACGGUGGAGGAGGUGAAGAGGCAUUAUGAGAAGCUUGUUGACGAUGUGAAGCUGAUCGAGGAAGGCCAUGUCCCUUUGCCUAACUACACUACAAGCGCUCAGCCACUACGAGGAGGACCCGCUUCCACCAUCAGAACUUACAGUACUUACUUGAAUGAACAAGAGCGAAGGAUGAAGAGCCUGAGCCUCCAGUAAAGUGCGUCGGAAGGAGAGCUAGUGGGAAAGGAUAAUCAUGUGCUUGCUUUCUUCGUCCUCCAAAAACUAUAUUUAUAUGUAACUUGCUCCGCUUCACCCACCGCCAACUCUUUCUGUCUUUCCCUCCCUCUCUAUAUGAAUAUCGAAGUCUUGUAAUAAUUCCUACAAAUGUAUAAAUUUUUAAGUUCAAUGAAUGGGGUGUUAUUGCGA